CGGGAUGGGUCAAGAGCUUUUUUGGUGCCACGCUCCUCCAACAAUAAAGAGCGAGGCAGUUAUUGCUGGCUCUAUUUGUGCUGUGUCUGAGUGCAGCAGUGAGUGCAGUGGUGUGUCAGAGGAAGGGAAGGACCAGCAGCCAUGGAUGACGUAUAUAAAGCAGCGGUUGAGAACUUGACCGAGGAGCAGAAAAAUGAGUUCAAGGCUGCGUUUGACAUCUUCAUCCAGGAUGCAGAGGACGGCUGCAUCAGCACCAAAGAGUUGGGGAAGGUGAUGAGGAUGCUGGGACAGAAUCCCACCCCAGAAGAGUUACAGGAGAUGAUCGACGAGGUGGAUGAGGAUGGCAGCGGCACAGUAGAUUUUGAUGAGUUCUUGGUUAUGAUGGUCCGCUGCAUGAAGGAGGAGAGCAAAGGAAAAUCAGAGGAGGAGCUGGCUGAACUGUUCCGCAUGUUUGACAAGAACGGAGAUGGAUACAUAGACUUAGAAGAGCUGAAGAGCAUGCUGGCCAACACUGGAGAGGUCAUCACGGAAGAUGAUAUUGAGGAGCUCAUGAAGGAUGGAGACAAAAACAAUGAUGGAAAAAUUGAUUAUGACGAGUUCCUGGAGUUCAUGAAAGGAGUUGAAUAAAGAAAGAAAGGUUCAGCUGGAGGCCUCACACUGCAGCAUCUUCUUCUUUCCACUGACUGCAACAUCAUCGAAGGCCGUUCCUGAAGACAUGCCUCCACCUUUGUCUGCCUUUAACAGUACAAACAUCACACCUGACCUCUACAGGCACCUGUCAGUUAUUCUCAAGCAACGUCACUGAGGCCCUGAAAGGUUUGCUGGGAGAUCUCAUUGACUGCAAAUAUUGUUAUUUCUGAUGAUGAUGAUGAAUCCGAGUGUCACAUACAGACUAUUUUCAUUAAAAAGAUUUUCAUAAUUGCA